UAAAUGAAAACUGGGCAUUAAUAAUACUGUACAGGUGUUUAUGUGUCCAUUCCGUGUAGCUUGUCUCCUGUAGUGCGGUGAGCCACAUCCAAAGGGGCUCAGAUUCAGCCCCAUGCCCUUAUCAGUGUCUAGUUUUGUCAGUCUGGUGAAAAGACACCGUUUUGAAUAAUGAACGACAUGACGUUACCGACGAGAUAACAGUCAGCAAUCUUACACCAAGCCUAAGAUUUAUUUUUGCCCACAACUUCGAAGAUAAAAUGGAGAGGGACCCCACCGGUACAGCAGAAACCACCGAACCGGCUUCGUCUUUGAGGAAAAAUAUUAAUGAAGACACCUGCGCAGCUAAUUCCCAUACCUCCAGGGUUGGGACCUGUGGUACUACUGAUGUCGCAAGAGCCCGGUGGACCCUACUGAGACAGGCGUUGUGUCACAAGCAGGUGGACAGUCCAGAGGUCAAACAGGUGUCUGUUCGCAGGUUUGCCGCGUUUGACCUUUUCAGCAGGAAAAGGCUUGUGACACAAGACCCUAGUGAUACCUCAGAUGACCAGUGGGUGGAGUACAGAAGUGUCUACUUUCCUGAGUACAGUGCCUUACUCAGGGAUAACCUGGGGCCUCUUAGAGUUAAUGAAGUGCUCAACAGUUUUGACAACACUGGUAAUGUCUGUGUGUGGCCAUCUGAAGAGGUGAUGGCACAUUACUCUCUGCAGAAACGUCUCAUGUUCAAGGGUGCAGUGUGCGAGUUAGGAGGAGGAAUGACUUGUCUUGCUGGGCUCAUGGUUGCCAUUUGUGCUGACGUGAAAGAAGUUCUACUAUCAGAUGGGAAUGAGAAGUCCAUUCAGAAUGUACGAGGUCUGGUUGAGAGAAACAGGAAAGCUGGAAAGUUUGGGUCAACACAUGUAUCUGCCAGGGUGGUCAGGUGGGACUGUGAAUUGGACAUUUCAGCACUAGAGGGUCACUUUGACAUUGUCAUGUGUGCAGACUGUUUGUUUCUCGACCAGUACAGAGCCAGCUUGGUUGAUGCUAUAAGGAGAUUACUGCAACCCAACGGCAUGGCAUUGGUGUUUGCUCCACUGCGAGGUGAAACUCUGACACUGUUUUGUCAACUGGCCCAGCAGGCCGGACUCUGCGUCUCACAACACCUGCAGUAUGAUGCUCAGGUCAUGGAUGUUCACUUAAAGAUGCUGAGAGAGGGAAAAGAAGCAUAUGACGAGAACAUCCACUAUCCUCUCCUCAUCACCUUGACCAAAGGACCUCAACCUGUCAGCCACACUCAGUAAACCAAAACAAGUGAGCCCUCAGCUCUACACAGUACUACUCAACAUGCUUUUGGAUAUUUGAGACGGAUUGAUGCUACAGAGUCAUGUCAACGAUGUGAUCCACAAGUGAUCUAAGUGAUGAGGAAAAAUUGCACUUAAAGAGCAGUAUUAGAAUACAGUCACGUUUGUCUCAAUGUCUGAUGUUUAGUCAUAUAGGCAGAGAGAGAAAAUCAAGUUGUGGUCCUACUUGAAACUGUUUUCAUAUUGAUACUGUCCACUGAGAGGAUUUAUUAUCAGAUGAUGCAUGGCUUUGGACAGUAUUUGAGCGUGCAUGUUUUGUAGUUUGAAGUGUUGCUGAGGAACAACCUCAUUUCCAAAGCAGUGGGGAUACUUUUACUGUGGCUGAGGAGAAAGAAAAGGAGAGGUGGAUAUAUUCUGACCAAGUGUGUUUUAACCAUUUGCCAUAUGCCAAAUAAUUACUGUCAGUCUCCAAAAUAGUCACUCAGUCAGUCAGACCUUUAAUCAGUUGGCCUGUCAUUAUGGUAGCUGACCAAACACUUAAUCGCUGCUCUAAUCAGCCAGUCACUCAUCCCUUCAGUUAAUCAGCCAUCCAGGAAAGUGAACCACAUUGCCAAACAGUCAUCUGGCCAGCCAGUCAGGUAACCAGUCACUAUUCUGUCAGCUAUUCAAUUACCUAUUCAGUUAAUCAGCCAGUCAGUUAUAUGGAAAUUUCCUCAGUCAGUCCUACUGUAGCUGUCAGUUAUUCAGUCAGUCGGCCCUCUUUAACCAGUCAGUAUUAACCUGUGCCACUGUGUGCCACAGCAUGGAGGCCAGCUGUAAUUCAUUAUUACAGACUGUGGAGCAGCUUACAGUUUCCUGUGUGUUUCCUUUAUUUCUCUUUGUUCCCUUCUUUCCCCGCUUUAAUUUCUUCUAAUACAACUCAUUCCUCCCAGUCAGAGGUCAGUAAUAAGAACUUAUUUUGUGCAUUACUCACAACAGUGCAUUAACACACAAAGGCACGUUCAGACUAAGGAUCAAUUGUUGCUGCACAGGAACUACAGCUUGCAUAGUACACAACAACAUCGCCAUGAAUACAAGUAGUCCACACUACAUCGCAUUGUAAUUUAAUUUUACACAGCUUUGUUAGUGUUAUAAUCUGUGUUUAAACUGUACAACAAACACUUGUUCUGACUACAAUUCCCCCAACAUCACCCCCAGCUCCUGCUUUACCGGUAGUUUGUUAAAAAAUUUUAAACUGCCACUGAUGAAAUUCCAAAACAAACGUGUAUACUGUAAGUAAGUACUCUAAGUAAACCUUAGCUCAGUUGUGUCUGCUGUCAUGACUCAUCCAGGUUGCAUUGACAGCACUGGAUAUCAAACAUAUUUGGUAACAGAAGUGGGGUUGGGGGGGCUGUUUGAGUCGCCAGCUGAAUCCUAUGUCGCUUCAUUUGCCAACCUUUAGCGCUUCAAAGCAACUAACAGACAUCUGACUGGCAACUAUCAGAUCCUGUGGCAGCUGCUAAACGCUGCUAAAAGCUCCUAGUCUGAACCCACUUUCAGGAAUUGUGUGUGUGUGUAAAGAGAGACAGAGAGAAUACAUGCACGUAAGUUGUAAUGACUCCGACUACUCUGAUUUAUUGACAAGUGACCCCAAUACUGUGGAUAUAAAGUAUGAUAUGCUGUACAGAGCAGCAUUUGUUUCCAUCUUUUUUUUUAUCUUUUUGUAAUGCAGACCACUCAAUGGUCUCUUACCCCCAAUGUCCUCUAGGUGCACACAAUCUGCUGCCAUUCUAGUUGGUGUGCCAAUGUCCACUGGCUCUGUGACUGCAGCAUCUCAAAGUUCAUGCCUGCAAAACAACUUGAAACUGCUUCAACAGCAGUCUGCCACAUCCAGUGGACAUCUGAGGUUAGAAUAUGAUUUCAAAUUGAGUCAGUCGGUCACUCGAGCCUAAAGUUGUACCUAUCACUAGUAAGGUGUUUCCAUAUUUCACUGUGAUCCAUUGCUGUAUACAACAGCCAAGAAGCUAUGCAGUAACUCCCAGUGGCUACUGUUUACAUUCCUCAUGUUGAUAAAAUAAUCCACCUUUAGAAAUAAGAGGUAUUCCCUGUGUAUAACUACUCAGAAAAGUAAAUUAAGCCAGUUUUAUCAGUGAUCUCACUGCUUUGAGGACUGAAUUUGCAUUGCAAAAACCUUCCCAUUAAAAAGGUUUAGAAGUGUAUUUAAUACAUUUUUUAUCUGUAAUGCCAUUUGCUGUUUACCUAUGAUAUCUGUGGGCUAACACAGAAAAAACAUCCCAACUGUGACUGUGUGCAGUGACUUCAUCACUGUCUAGUGACAUCACCACCACUAACAGUGUCGUCAUUUUACAACACGGUUUACUGUGACAUCCACGCUGCUUCUUGCAACAUCACUGCCUCUAUUCGUGGCAAAACCUUAACCUGGUGCACCCACGAUCUGUUGGGAUGUUACGUUUUCACACGGUGAUGUUGUCACUUCUCCUUGUGACAUUAGUGCUGUUUGCUAGGACACUUACCACUUCUCACUGUGACAUCAACAGACCUUCUCUGAAUAACACAUGUGGUCUUUAUUUGGAUUUGCUGACUAAUACUUUUCAACAUAAAUGAUGAGAAAUCCAGUUGGCAUAGAAAAGACCAGAGAGCAGGAUCUGUAUUGCAGCUGAGAAUUACCUUAAGCAAACAUCAUACAGAUUUGUGUCACUGUAUUGUGGGAUGUCUCAGCUAGGCGAUUAUUUUGAUUAUCAAACAGAAUUCUUAGAAGUGUUUGUCAUUUGCCGGCCAUGUCCACACUAAUCCAGAUCAAUGUCAAAUUUUAUCUGUCCCUUCUUUCCACACUGAUCCUUUUUUUUGACCACCAAAAACAGAACUUCAAGAAAAUUCUCCAAUUUGGAUCAAGUUGAAGCUGCUUCUGCAGCAUUUCACUGUGUAGGGACACCAGACAUUUUCAAAAAUAUUGAUUUAUCCACUUUAGUGUGGACAUGGCCUCAUAUAGUGAGUUUCUCCGUUCAGUAUAUCAAAUUCUCUCUGCUUCACUGUAAUCAAUGGGUUGAUUGUUGUACUUUGCAGUCUAAGAGUGGGUGAUUUUUUUCUCAAUGAAUAAAAAUAAAUAGAGUUUCUUCAAUAAAUUUUGUUUUCUUUUUAAAUUGUCCCUUUAAAAAAUGUACAAAGGACAAUUUAACACAUCCGCUAUAGCUAUGGCAUUAUUUCAUUAACAAAAUCUCAAAAUUGCAAAAAUAUUUUUUAAUUAAAAUAUAAAUAUGGAAUUAUUUUAACAUUUCAGUAUCACAAAAUAAAAAAGACACAAUUUAUACUCUGUCACCUUGCAGAUGUCUACAGAUUUUCUGUUAUGAUUAAUAUAAUUUUCCUCAAUAAAGGCAUAUCAUGGGGAGCUGGUUGACAAA